AUGGGAGAAAACGUUCAAUACGACAUUGCCGCGUCGCAGGCCGACACCAACGGCGCUCCCGCCGUCCCUGCGUCCCCUCCCGUGUCCCUAAAGGAGAGACUGGAGAAGCUCAUUGAGAGUUCUCAGCAGCUCAUUAAGCGCAUGGAUGAGAAUGACAUCCCCGACCCUACUUUUGCCGCAGAAUGUCAGGAGGAUUUCUCGAAGCUCCCUCCCGAGACAGUGACUGAGCGAUUCGCACUGCUCGAUCUUCUCAAUGACUUGACCUUUCUUGUGCAUGGGGCCUCUCAGAGCAUCACUGAUGUCGCUCAGAACGCGAUGGCUGAUUCGGCCACUCUCAACAUCCUCAAUUACUUCAACUUUUGGGAUGCGGUCCCGCUGGACGGCGACGCCUCUUUUGCCGAGAUCGCCAAGGCUGUCCGCCUUCCGCAGGAGGCGGUUGAAGCCAUCCUGCCCUACGCUUUCUGCAACCGCAUCUUUGAGCCUGUGACGAUUGGUGACCCCAACUCGCGCAUCCGCCACACGUCACGAUCUGCCGCGAUGAUAAAGGAUCCCACUCUGCGGAUCAUCGUUAACCUCACCAUUGAUGGUCUUGGGGGGCCGCUUUCCAUCCUCAACCGAGCGCUUGAGAAGAACUUUCUUGGCAAGGACAAGCUCACCAAUGAGAUCAGCGAGACACCAUUUGGCAUGCUCUAUAAGGGCGGCCCUCUUGGCCAAUUCAAGGAUUACUAUGACUGGCUCGACCGGGACGGUGAAGGUGAGCGAAAAGGCUGGCGACAGAGAGAUAUGGUCGAAUCGCUGCGCCUGGCCAAGGAGAAGAUGGGUGCAGAAAGUGCCCUCCUUGAAGCCCUUGAUUGGGCUGGUGCUGGCAAAGCCACCGUGGUCGAUCUCGGCGGCUCAGGCGGCCACGACGACGUGCCUCUUGCUGAAAAGUUCCCCGAUCUCAAGAUCAUCGUCCAGGAUCUUCCCAGUUGUCAGGCAAAGUUUGACGAUGGCUAUAUCUCUGACGAGCUCAAGAAGCGCGUCUCUUUCCUUGCUCAUGACUUCUUCACCCCUCAGCCGAUUCAGGCAGACAUUUAUCUGUUCAAGUGGGUGUUUUACGACUGGUCCAACAAGGACAUCGUCAAGAUUAUCCAGGCACUGGUGCCCGCUCUUCGUCCCGGGGCUCGUGUUCUCGUCUUAGAUCUGAUGGUGGACGUUGGCCCCGAAGCUGCCGCGGUCAUGCCUCGCUCGCUGCUGAAGUAUAGCAAUGUAAUCAGUCUCAAGACGCUCUCGCUGUUUGGUCACACCAAGCAGGCCGCGAAAAAGAUGACGGAUCUCUUCAAGGCAGCGGAUGAGCGCUUUGAGAUUAUUCGGGAUGAGGUUGCUGGUACUUUCAUGACGUUCGAGGCUGUCUGGCGCGGGUAG